AUGAGGUAACUGGGGGACCUUAAAUAAUGGUAUAGAAUCCGUAAUUCAGCACAUCUUCCUACACGAGCGCUUUUUCGGAUCGUUUUCUCGAUGAGGAAGGAAAGGUAACUAGUGUUGAAUAUGAGGAGUUUAAAGCUGGACUGAAAAGGAAAAAAAGGUUAUAAUUAUAUUUUUCCCACUAGCUUUAUCCCUUCCAUAACCCACCACUUUCUUAACUCUCGUCCUUUUUUUCAUUUUUCUCCGAAAGCUUCACAGAAAUGUAUCUGUUAAAUUACCUGAACUAUCGCAAAAACGCACUUUUAAUAAUAGAAGCCUUUGUUGGAUGUUCGACAAAGCGGUAAGCGAUGUCGUGAAGACCCCAAAGAAGUACAAAAACUUCUCCUCCUUUAACACUUUAAGAAAGAUUUCAAAAACAUAUGUAUUUCCUAAUAUUUACUCACAUUUCUUCAUAUUCUCUGCACCAUAUUACUUUUAUGUUGAAUUUAUGCGUUUCUUUAUCUUGAAUAAAAAAUAACGAAUACCUAUUGAGGAGUUCAAAGCGCUCAUUCGACGUUGUGCCGACGUCUCCGAACGGGCGGUGCGUAACAUCAGGGAGGGCGACCUCGAGCGCACCAAACUCUCUUUGGAUGUCCGCGAGAUGAACAUCUUCUUCAACGAGGAGUAUCAGAGAGUUUUAAAAUUCUCAAAUUAAUGAAGCAAAAUUUAUUUAGUUGAAAAAUAACCUCGAUAAUUUCGAUGAGCAACUGCACGCUGGCAGGGUUCGAAACGCUCAAGUUCGCCAUCAGCGGAGCACAGAAGCGGAAAGCUUGGCCGCUCAAGCUGUAAUUUUAUGAAUCCUUUAAAUAAUAAUCUUUGUAAUUGCUGAGGAAAAACAAUUUCCAUCCAAAAACUGAAAAUUUUUGAUUUCAGCUCAACUCCCAAAUCAUGGCUAAGGAGAUCAACAUAUUGGAAAAGAAGGUCGAGGUCCUCAGGGUGAGAAUAAAAACAAAUACCUAACCAUUGAAAAAAUUCAAAAAAAAAAUUCGGGUUUUCUUCCAAGUUUUGGCUCUUUGAAACUGUUAUUAGUGAGAAGUUUAUUGAUCAUUUCUUUUCACCAGGAUUCGAUCGUCAAUCUACAUAAGGACUACUAUCACUACGGUAGAACGGUGAGCGUUUCCGAGGUGCUCGAGCAGGUCAGCGAGAUGGCCUACCGUGUUGAGCGCAACGAGCGGGAGCUCGGCACUCAUAUACUCAACCAGACAGACCCCCUUCUCACGGUGACAACUUUUUUUUUCUCUUCGUUUUUUUUUUAUUUGAAUCAAGUCUAGAUUCAGGGGUUCAGUUUACAGAUCCUCUUUGAUUGGCUAGUCAAGUUUUCAAAAAAGUUCGUUACCAGCCAAUCAAAGGCGCAAUUAUCUUUAACCAAAAGAUGAAAGUAUCAUAAUUUCCGUCAAAAUCAAACAAUUUCUUGCAGCCCGAAAUAAUUCUGAAAAUGGCCGUCGAAGGGCUUUUGGGAAUCAGCAGCAACAAACCCGAAACGCAAGAGCUGGCUAAGAAGCUCGCUCAAGAGUUGCGACCAUUCAGAGACGCCGCUUUCAACAAGGUAAAUGAGGAUGAAUGAUCGUAGCGGACUGUAUUGAAGUUUUCAUUCUGACUGAUGCGAAAUUUGUGAACUUCAAAACGAACAAAUUAAAAUUCAACAUUUUUCGCGGCUCAAAUGGUAAGGUAACAAGACAAACAAAUGAAGAACUAACGCUAAUCUGAUAUUACCUUUUUCAAACCCUGCUUCAUCUAAGUCUUUAGGAUUUGAUAUCAAUUUUGAAAUAUUGCUUAAUGUUUUUGUUUAAUCUAUGAGAAAAAAGAACCUUCGGCUUUAGAACCUUCUUGCGUUGGUCGGCAUCGACGAUACGACAAGCGCCGAUUUAAGAAAGUCGUCGUCAGUUCCGACCAAGACCAUGUCUUCGGCAUCUACUUUGAGCUCGAGAUCUCUCAGCGAGGAGAGGAAGGGCUCGACGGCCAAGUACGUCAGCGCUGGGUCAAGUUAGUGUUUAUCAGAAAAAUUCGACAAUUUGCCUCGAAAACUUUAUUAACAGGACUGAAUAAGAAAAAAAAAAUCGUAGGCGCUUUCUGUUGGCCCAGUAGUCUUUUUUCAAUCGACAGCCGAGUUAACCUGUAAAAUUGAUAAAAUAGCUUUGAAUUGAAAUCGCGAACUUCCAUGCAUAAAAAGUUAAUCGUAAAGAAAUGUUUUUUUGUAUUUUUCUGAUCUGAAUUCCCCACAAAAAAAGCAAUCCUUUAAAUAACUAUUUGGAUUUCUCUCUAAAUCGAAAUAGGCUUGAUGCAACGCAAAAACUUUUUUAUUGACAAUGCCCAGUCAUUGUCUCUCAAAAUUUUGUUCUCUUCCUAUAUGAAAAAAAAAGUUCUGCAGAUGAUGACUGGGUAGUGUCGGAACGCGAUUGCGACUGUGAUCUUUGCCAUAAUUUCUGCUGAAAGUUAGUAACGAAUUUUGGAAAUUCAACAAAAUUCAACCUUUUCACAGGCACCGACGGAACAAAAACUACUUCAACUUCGAGCUUCUCCCAGACCGACUCACAGUUCUCCAUUUGA